AUGACAUACAACAAGGGUAAACUGUCGGAAGACUAUAAAGUGCAAACGUUGCUAUCUCGGGAGGAUGAACAAAACCGUUCACAGUUUUUCACAAAGGUCAAAUCUGUUUGCGAACAGAAUAAAGAAAAUAAGCUGGGAAAUCUGUCUGUGGAUCCAUUCGAAGCGACCUACAAAAUGACCGUUAAAAGUAGUAACAACGAAGAAGUUCACUGGUUGGUUACUAAUACAUUUGGAGUAAAGCAAAGUGACCAACCGCUCGAAGAACAUAUUACACGCGGGUUCAACGAAGGCGAACUUGGCCUGCUUCCUUUCGCCGGUGUUUCCGUAAGGCUGCCUCAAGGAAGCUUUAAGUCUUUAAUCGAAAGGCGUGUAAAAGAAAAAUACCACAACAAAACCAACACUGAAUUCAGUCCAAUCAAAGGUGUGGCCUACUGCUUCCUUCCUCUUCCUAUACACACCGGGAUGCCUUUUAAUGUAAACGGACAUUUUGCAUUGGAUCGAGGACGGCGUGGGUUAUGGGAGGAGGGUUUCAGAAAGUCCUGGAAUGAAUAUGUGCUUUCCUGCUUGGUCACCGAGGCACUGAAUAUUGCGCUUAUAUGCUUACAAAAGUAUUUUGAACAAGACUGCAAAGAUAUUUGGCAUGGGCGACUUAUAAUGAAUGAAUGUUUGUCCCUGUAUUACCAGCAUUUUCCGUGUUUACCUUUGUCAGAAGGUGUAUAUUGGAAUAAUUUUGUAACAUCAUUUUAUCAAAGAGCAUUCGCAGAACGGUUCACUAUUUUUCCGGCAUUAACAACUACCUACUCAAUCGAAGACCGUACUUCCGUUAAACUAGAUUGGGUGUUCCCAAGUGUUGGUGAUUCCGAUAAUACCGGCGGAACGUUUAACGUAGUGCGAUAUUUUGUGAAGGAAGCAAAUAUGUUUGAACAUAAACAUGCCAAAAAUGUAGAGACAACAAUGGAGAUUAUGGGUAUAAAAUUGAUACACGUUCCUAAGUGCGUUAUAGAUACCUUACGUAAAACAAAAUGCGACUGCGCUUUAUAUGGAGAUCCGGAUUUUGUUAUACAAGUUCUUAAAAAGAAUAUAACAGGUUUUGAACUGGUACAAAAUUCCGUUCUACAAAAUGUGGAGGUUGUUGAAAGUUUGUUGAGGUAUGUUUGGAUGGCGGAGAAUUUCAAAGAUAAAUUGGAGGAUCUUCCUCUUUGUUUAACCAAUGAUUCUAUUCUACGACUGUUCAACAAGAGUUUUCCAGUUUUCUGCACUGAAUAUUACGGCCUGCUACCGGGGUCGCCGGACAAAUUUGUACACGCUAACCUUUUGUCUUUGUUGUCACCAGAAAAUAUUUUGUUGGAGUUGAACGUCGUGAUCGAUUUCGAAGUACAGAAUAUGUUAGAGUUAUUGCCAUUGUCUUAUCCCGACAUAUAUUGCCGUUCAACAAAUGUUCAUUGGGACAAGACUCAUAUCAAAGAACAUGAACGAGUGAAGCCGGAAAUGAUUAUUUCAUUCUUUAAUUUCAUUGAGAGCAAGUCCUUUGUGGAAUGCAAAAUAACUUCUAGUCGGGUCGUAGAUGACGACUUGUUUAAGACAAACUUGUGCCAAUUUGACGAUUGGUCUUUUUUACCCUCUGUGAGUUGUUUGGGAGAAAUGAAAAUAUUUGAGCUGAUCCCCAUAAAAAACCGACACCACCUUCUGUUCGCAUCACUUGGAAACGAAAUACUCUUUACAAUUAUACGAAGAUUGAAUAUUCCGUUACUGGACAGAGCUUUGUUUAAGCGUUCAAACAUACCUUACACAAUAGGCAAAUUGUUGCCUUCAACGACAAAUCCUAGUGAGUUAUUGAAAUGCCUCGUUUACUACAAAGCGCGGAUAGCCGCAAAUGAUGUGAAAACAGUCGAAGUUGCUACAUUAUUGAACUUCUUUUAUGAAAAUAGGAAAAAGCUAGAAAAAAGCCUUACAAACAGGACAGCCUUUUUAAUUAAGUCUCUUCCCUUGUACGAAACGCUUCCCGAUGGAACCUAUAUCAAUAUCGAAGACAAAGGCAAUGUUGUGAUAAUGCCUACUUAUUUGCCAAACGAAGGAUUGUGCAACUUAGCACAAACCAUAUCUGUUUGGUUUUUACAAAAUCACUUCAAUCUUCUAAAUUUGUAUAAUUAUUUGGAACUUCCGAGACCAGCAUCUAUUGAUGUUUACCUGACUUAUAUAUUGCCACACUUUGGUUUGUUACAAGAAAGUUGUUGGAUGCAUCACUUACUGUACAUAAAAGACAAUUUGCUGCUUGUACCGUUUGGUUCACAAUUAUCAAAAAAGCAGAAAGCUGUUUUAAAUAUCUUAAAGCAAACAACAUUUAUUCGAAAAAAUGGUCAACUAAAACUUGUAAAAGAGUUAUAUGAUGAGGAACACGAGGUUCAUAAAGUAUUCAUGGGUGAAGAUAAAUUUCUUCCCAAUGAGUUUCGAAAUGAAACAUGGAGCGAAUUUAUGAUACAAUUGGGACUUAUUACAAAACCAUCCGGUCAAAUGGUUAUCGAUUUUGCGAAGGAACUGGCACGAAUGGUUUAUAUAGAUGAAGCAGAAUCUCUAGAUCGAAAGUCUAGGGUUCUUACCCACUGUGUUUUUGGAGAUUAUGGAGACAACUUUGAUGAUCAAACAUUUUUGGAUUUAAAACAUAUAAAAUUUGUUCUUCCACGUCAAGUAGCCAAAACUAAACACACGAUUGUCAGGUCAUAUAGUACAGAAGCUAUAUUUAUAUCAUUAAACGGCACGUGCAGUUCCAGAUUUGAAGACGUUUGCUGGAGCAGUGUUAGCCUUUUAAAUUCGGUACCCGAUAAUGACCGUAUGCAAAAGUUAGGCAUUCUUGAUAUGCCAACAGUAGAUUCAGUAAUAAGUCAUUGUCAGAAUAUAACUGAUGUAUUCUACGAAGAUUUUGAAAACGGAGGAGAUAUUGAAAAAGACACAAAAAGGUACUACAUGGAACAUAUAUAUGAAUAUUUAAACAAUACGAAUGAGCUUAUACGGCCUGAACGUUUAAAACACACCCGUUUCGUCUUGAUAUCAGAUGAAAAGGCUAUGGUGAAAGUGUCGAACGUUUUUACAGGAUCUUCAAUAGAGCAGGCUAUUCCCCCAUAUUUAUUUCAAGCUCCGAAGGAAUUCCGAAAAUAUUUUGAUCUGUUUGAAAAAAUUGGGGCUAAAGAUUCAGUAUCAUAUAUUCAUUAUGUUUCUGUUUUAAACGCAGUAAAUUCUGAUUUCAAAGGAGAUUUGCCUAAAACAACGUUAUAUCUUGUUUCAAAAGCGGUUGAGAAAUUGUUUGAACAACUCUUGAUAUACACGGCGCAGCCAUCGAAAAGUGUCGACAGUGCAAUCGACUUAUUUUUACCGAAUUCAGAACAUAUUAUGUCACCUUCCGCCAGUUUAACCUUAGAUGAUAAUAGUGAUUUUAGAACUAAACUGAAUGGAAAAUUGGCCAUAAAUUACUUUGUGGGUUUCAGGCAGUUAGAUGUAUUGACGUUCAGUGAUCCAGUGAAACCGUUUCUAUCUUUGCCUUACCACAUUCGACCUGAGAUUCUUUCCGAAGUAGUGUCGGAAGAAGUAAUCACGAAUGAAAUGGAAAUCGUCGAAAGCAGCGCUGAAGCAGACGGAUGGGAACAAUUUUUACAUUCGACAGAGUUUGUUGAAGGCAUCAUUCGUUUACUUCGGCAUCAGUCUGUAACAGAAACUGAGACGAAUUAUAUUACCGAAGAAGAGGAAAAUAAAAUCAUGCAAAAACUGUCAAAUGUAAUGGUUUCGCAAGUGAAUGGGUUAAAAACCAAACUUGCAUACAAGGGUGAAAUAAUUCAAGGUACUGAUACAAAAAAAACUUGUUUUGUUUCCAAAAUGACAAACAAUGAGGACCGUACUGACUGUGAAUAUUAUCAUUUUUAUUUCCAAACAAAUAUACCAAGUAGAAGCUCGCUAAGCAUAGUCCUUGUAUGGGAAGAAAAUGGACUUAUAGAGCUGGUUGAUCUAUGUACGUUGGGGAAGUUCUCAAAAAGAUGUAGUCACAUAAUGCGCGAUUUGUUAGACUUGAUAGAGAACCCACAUGAGAUAUCUUUACAACUGUACCGACGCAAAAUUGCCGCAUACAAUUUGCCACUUUCAUUUCAAGGAUCAGUCUUUCCAAAUCCUGGCACAUAUGUAGAAGACCGAUUCUUGCCUUUUCUGGUUCAAGGGAUUAUUCCAUUUAAAAAGCACGAAUACAUGUUUGCUGCACUUGAAAUCGAAUUUGAUGACGACAGUGAAGAUCCAGAAAAUGAAAUUGGCGAAAAUGUAACGUAUAUAUACGUGCAUAUUUUAAGUGAAAUAGCAAGUUCAAACGGUUCCGUACAUCUGGGCAUUCGAUAUAUCGUUAAUGUGGGAGAUCGAUACGAAGGGACUGUCGAAGUUCCAAUUUAUCGACUUUAUAGAUUUUUGCCGCAAACCCAAGAGAGUUCGCAAGAUGUAGUUGUGUUUGACUCUGAGCCUGUCGGUGCAAUACCUUUUGAUGAAAAUUGCCGUCGUAUAAGAGAGAUGUUGACAGAAGCAUUCCAACUUAGCGAUCAAGCACGGAAAAUCGUAAUUCGACGUCUAAUUAAAAAAUGGCACCCUGACAAAAAUGUCGGAAAUGAAAGCUAUUGUACGCGAAUAUAUAAUUACUUAAGAGAACUUAUUUUACGACUUGAGAGGGGCGAAAGUAUUGACGAGGAAAUAGUGAAUGCUACCACUGGAAUGUCAGCCCCAGAUAUGUCAGGCUCGAGUUAUAGGACAACAACAGAGAGAGCAUAUCAAACAGGGGGAACAUACGCUCGUGGAUUCAAAGCAAACAUUGACGAAUACAAUAGGUCAUUUCGCCAGGGUCAUUAUUCCCAUCGAUCAUCCGAUAGUACUCCAAGACCUAGUAUUGGAGAGUCUAGAAGAUGGCUGAGACAGGCGAAGCAAGACUACUCAGCCGCUAAAAGAGCUCUAGAAUGCACGGAGCACAUUCAAGAAAAGAGUUACAAUUGGAUAUGCUUUAUGUGCCAUCAGGCGUGUGAGAAGGCAUUAAAAGCAGUCUGGUUCUCCAAAGACGCAAAAUUAUGCCCACAGAGAGUCCACAGUCUUGCCUCUAUUGUGCGUGGUCUAGAUCAUGCCGAUCUUCAACAGGAGGCAACAUUGUUUGAGGGACGUCUACAGAUAGAAGGUAGACAAUAUUUUAGACUUCGAUAUCCGGAUUGUGUAGCUGGAAACAAUAUCCCUUCUGAUAUGUUUCAUGAUGACGACGCUGGAUUUGCCGUGGAAUCAGCAAAACGCAUGUUGGAUAUAGUCGAUGACUUUACGAAUUAAGGACCCGUCAUUAUAUUAAAACACUCAGACGACACCAGCUGUCAGUGUUAAAUAGUGUGUAUAUUGUGUUUAUAUUUUGUUAUGAAAUGUUCACUGCUAUUAGUGAAAAACAGUUGAUUAUCUGUGAACGUAACCAUAAACAUGUAAAUGGUUUGUGUGAAUGUCAGAAAUAGUAUUACCAGUUGAUACGUUUGUGGUUUAGCAUAUUUUUAAUAGUGUUGUAGCGUAGGACAUUAAAGUAUUUGUAAAAUGUAUUUUUAUAUACUAUAUGACUGUUACAAGUUUGUAUGUCUUCUGAUUCCUUAGUUUGUAUUUAUAUAAAUAUGACUCUUUACAAUCAUUUAGUUUGACGUUGUACAUAUGAAACUUUGGUAUGAUGUCUAUACAGUAUAAUUGGAAUGGUAUUGCCCAUUUUAAUCGUUACAAAGUGUGUCAUUAAAACUAGCAUAUAAAUCAUUUGUAUACGCACUUUCAAACGUUUGAAAUAAUGUAUCAUUAUUUUUGCUUUUUAUUUCAUCUUUUUUUUAUAAACCUUAUAUCGCAAUAAGAUGUGUUUGAGUAUAGCAAUUAAUCUCAUAAAAGUGUCCCACCAUCUAUCGCAUAAGGAAAGGUUUAAUUGCAAGAUUAUCUGUUGUAAAUUUGUUCAUAACUUUUUGAUUUUCCUAAUACAUGUUAGUUGUAGCCCUUUUUAUGAUCCAAAGUAAAUGUAUAUUUUCGUUAUUGUCCCUUCAGUUUCCAUUGUUUUAUAAGCAACUGAAUGUGCUUUUCAAUUCCUUUAUAUAUCAUAAAAUUGUAGUGUUAUCAAUUCCUGACGUGCUAUGUAUACAUGUAUUGUUUCCUUCUUUACCCUAUGUAUAUAGGAGUAUGGAAUAUAUAUUUAAGUAUUAUUUUAUGCUUGCGUAAUUUAUGUAAAUUAAUUAAUGUCGUAUGAAACUCAUUUAAUGAAGCCAUGUAGGUGUAUAUAGGCUUAAAGAAAAAUGAGCCAUUAUCGCAUAGUGUAUGUAACUGUGAUUUUAUGGAAAAUAGUUAACUAAUUAUUUGUAUAUAUUCUUUUUUAUAACUAUAUGUAUGAAUUUUAUUAGCUGUAAUGAUUUCAACAAUGCUAUGACUCCUUUGGAGAUAUUUAACUUUUGUCUUUAUUGAACAUAAAAAGUAUGUAAGAAUGUUAGACUGGUUUAACUGUUGGACAUAACUCCUUCCUACUUGUCGCUGGUGGAUUUAUAAGGAUACUUUAUUUUUGGAGGCAUUCUUUUCUCUUGAAGCAAAUUUUGUUACAUAUAUUUCAUUCUCGUUUAACUAUUAAAUUGAGUGCCAUGAUAUUUCGAUGUUUAAACAACAUUGUGUUGGUUUACCAUUGUAUAUUUUGCAUUUAGGUAUCUCAUUACUGUAUUUUGUAUAUUCCAAAGAUUAUAAAUUUUGUUUUAUCAGACGUCUGACUUCAUAAUAUGAUGUGUUUAUUUACAAUGAUAGUAUGUGUUAUUUGCUUUUUAUUCUGAAGGUAAAGCCAAUAUUUGGCGUGGGCCUUGUUAGUAUAAAAAAAUCCUGUAGUUAAUAAGUUUAUUAUACUGUAUAGACAUCAUACCAAAGUUUCAUAUGUACAACGUCAAACUAAAUGAUUGUAAAGAGUCAUAUUUAUAUCUUUAUUUUAUAAAAUAUGUACCGAAGGAUGUAGCCAGUAUUUGGCGUGGGCCUUCUCAAUUAUGCUUAAACCUGUUUUGGUAAUUUAUAUCUUUAUUUUAUAAAAUUUGUUCCGAAGGAUGUAGCCAGUAUUUGGCGUGGGCCUUCUUAAUUAUGCUUAAACCUGUUUUGGUAAUUUAUAUCUUUAUUAUAUAAAAUAUGUUCCGAAGGAUGUAGCCAGUAUUUGGCGUGGGCCUUCUUAAUUAUGCUUAAACCUGUUUUGGUAAUUUAUAUCUUUAUUAUAUAAAAUAUGUUCCGAAGGAUGUAGCCAGUAUUUGGCGUGGGCCUUCUUAAUUAUGCUUAAACCUGUUUUGGUAAUUUAUAUCUUUAUUUUAUAAAAUAGGUUCCGAAGGAUGUAGCCAGUAUUUGGCGUGGACCUUCUUAAUUAUGCUUAAACCUCUUAUGGUAAUUUAUAUCUUUAUUAUAUAAAAUAUGUUCCGAAGGAUGUAGCCAGUAUUUGGCGUGGGCCUUCUUAAUUAUGCUUAAACCUCUUUUGGUAAUUUAUAUCUUUAUUAUAUAAAAUAUGUUCCGAAGGAUGUAACCAGUAUUUGGCGUGGGCCUUCUUAAUUAUGAUUAAAUCUCUUUUGGUAAUUUAUAUCUUUAUUAUAUACAAUAGGUUCCGAAGGAUGUAGCCAGUAUUUGGCGUGGGCCUUCUCAAUUAUGCUUAAACCUGUUUUGGUAAUUUAUAUCUUUAUUAUAUAAAAUAGGUUCCGAAGGAUGUAGCCAGUAUUUGGCGUGGGCCUUCUAAAUUAUGCUUAAACCUCUUAUGGUAAUUUAUAUCUUUAUUAUAUAAAAUAUGUUCCGAAGGAUGUAGCCAGUAUUUGGCGUGGGCCUUCUUAAUUAUGCUUAAACCUCUUAUGGCAAUUUAUAUCUUUAUUAUAUAAAAUAGGUUCCGAAGGAUGUAGCCAGUAUUUGGCGUGGGCCUUCUUAAUUAUGCUUAAACCUCUUAUGGCAAUUUAUAUCUUUAUUAUAUACAAUAGGUUCCGAAGGAUGUAGCCAGUAUUUGGCGUGGGCCUUCUUAAUUAUGCUUAAACCUCUUAUGGUCAUUUAUAUCUUUAUUAUAUAAAAUAUGUUCCGAAGGAUGUAGCCAGUAUUUGGCGUGGGCCUUCUUAAUUAUGCUUAAACCUCUUUUGGUAAUUUAUAUCUUUAUAAUAUUAAAUAUGUUCCGAAGGAUGUAGCCAGUAUUUGGCGUGGGCCUUCUCAAUUAUGCCUAAACCUGUUUUGGGUAAUGUAUAACUUUAUUAAAUAAAAUAUGUUAAAUAUUAUAGAGAUAAAUCCUAUGUUAAGCACUUUUUAGCGUUAAAUCAUUUUUUUACAGUUAGUUCCAGUUCCUUAAGAUAUAUAUUGUGAAGGAUGUACCCAGUAUUUGGUGUGAACCUUCAAAAUUAUAUUUGUAUAUGUUUAGUAUAUGUCAAUCAUUACUUCCCGAAGUAUACACCUUGUUUUUAAUUUGAGUCAGGUGGGUGUUUUCAUAAUUCUUUAAAAAAAAUGUUAAUGAGUUUAUUGUAUUUAAUUUAUCCGAGGGAUGAAGCCUGUAUUUGGCGUGGGCCUUCUUAAUUCUAUUUUGACCUAUAUUUCGUUAUAAAUGUUGUAUGUUGCGAAGGAUGUAGCUUCGUUCAGUGUGAGACAUUUGUGGGCCUUCAUCAUGGUUUGAUUGAAAACAGUUAUUGAGCGUGCGAGUUGUUUAUGUUUGCGAUGGUUUUGCAAGUGUAUGGCAUGUGUCUUCUUUAUUUUAAAUGAAUCACUUGUGAUACGUAUUGAACAUAGUGUGUAUGGUUUUUAAAGUGUUUAUACAUUUUUAUUACCAUUGCUCGUUCAGUUCAUAAACUAUUUCAAAUAGUGUUGCAAAUUAUUUUGCGUGGGCCUUCUAAUGUAUGUUAGAACCUUUUUGGUAUUUCUUUCGUUACAUUAUUUUAUCAUCGGGCGAAAAUGCCUUUGUUCGAAGUAACGCUUGGAGCGUCAUAUUUCGGUAUUGAACAUCAUUGUGUAUUUAUUUAUUUAACAAAAGAUUUGAAAAGAAUGUAGCCAGUAUUUGGCUCCGACCGUCGUAAUUCUUAUUGAAACAUUUUUGUAUUUCAUUGUUUAAUUGUCUGUGAAAAAGCUCUUUUUUCUUUUUUAAACAUGUGUGUAUGUUUGUUAAUAAAUGUUAUAUUGAAUGGCCGCGAAUGAAAUAUUCUCUUUGAAGUAUCAAUUAUAAUUUGAUUUUUAAAACGCUUAAAACAAAUAACGUUGGUAUAUAUUGCACACAAUUUUAAAGCCUUUUAGUUAUGCCAAAAAGUCAAAAGUCAUUAUUCUUGUUAUAUAUAGAAAUAAAUAGAGGAUAAUUGUUUGUUUCAAUGUUAAAUCGUAAUAUAUAUACUCCAGAUAGCACCAAGAGCCGUAUUUCACAAGCGUGUUAGCCACGAGUGAAAUAUUUACUUUAGGUGUUCACAAAGUGAAAUGUUUUGCGAUCUUACACUGAAACCAUUUCAUAUUUUCAUUAUAUGUUGAAAAUGGAGAUAAAAUGAGAUUUUACUGUAGUUUUUAGAAAUUUAUGCGCGUACGUAACGUCAUUUCGUAAUUACGUCUAUAAAAUUGUGUGAAAUUUCAUUUCACUAAUAAAUCUCUGUAAAUCACCGGAAACCAUAUAAUGUAUAUUGAAGGUACUUCAUGCUGGCAACGUCAAUUAUAAUAUAAAUGUAGAUAAUAUAAGAUAGUUCGGAAUAGGAACAUGUGGCUGCUGUGUUCUACUGUUUAUUGUCCCAUUUUCCUGUAUUUUUAAGACAUGAAUGUAUUUGUUUAUGGUAUGAACAUUUGUUGUACAUGCUUCGUAGAAUGUUUAAGAUUUUGUGUUGUUUGUGGUUUAGUUUGAAUGGAAUAAAACAAUUUAUUCACUA